AUGUCUCUCGUUUGGCUCUUUUUUUUACCAGCAGCGUCUUGAUUUGUCGCAGAUUUCUUCAUCAGCUCCUCGGAUGAUACGAGGACCGGUCCGACUGGCUGCACCCGCCCCUGACGGAGGGCAGCGCGGCUGACAAGCGGCGGCGGAGGGGCGGGGCGGGUGGUGAGCGAACUUACAAGAAGUGGGAGUAUCGCUCCGGAGCGUGUUUCACCAUGUGGACGAGUGACGCGCUGUGAAGUGUUUUUAGCCCUCAUUUUUCAGUCCCUCUCUCUUUCUUUUUUUGUACGUCCUAGCUUGUGUUUUCGCUCUUACAUUUUAAAGUGGAUUUUCAAACACGCGUGCUGUGUUGUGCCUUCUCCCCACGAUCGUUAUUGGAAAUAUUGUAACGACUUCCUGUCAUCAUGGAGCAACUCGACGGUCAGCAGGUGACGCCACCUGAGUAUCCCCAUCCGUUUGUCCACCAGGUGAAGCUAAGCACGGCGCGGAGGAUCAGGGGUAUCCUCCUGGGCAGCAUUCUCUUCCCUCUACGAAUCACCAUGGCCGCUUUAUUGUUCCUGCUGGCGUGGCCCAUCGCCCGGCUGCGAUUCGCUGGUGUCUCGGCAGAGGAACGCUCACAGCCCGUCAGGGGCUGGAGGAAGUGGGUCUUCCACCCAAUUAUCUGGCUCCUCAGCAGGGCUGUCUUCACCUCACUGGGAUUUUUCUGGGUGAAGGUCAAAGGUCAACGUGCUAACCUGAAAGAGGCGCCGGUACUGGUGGUGGCGCCUCACAGUGGCUUCCUGGACAUGAUAGUUCUUUUUCCGACCCAGUUGCCCACGGUGGUGUCCCGCUCAGAGAACUGCAGUCUGCCGGUCAUUGGAGCUCUGCUGGAGUUUAACCAGUCUGUGCUGGUGAGCAGGAAGGACCCUGAGUCGAGGAAGAUGGCUGUCGCCCAACUCUCUGAGAGGUUGACAUCCAAUGGCUACUGGCCUCAGAUGCUGAUGUUUCCUGAGGGAACCACAACUAACGGCUGCGCUCUAAUCAAGUUUAAGCCUGGUGCCUUCCUUUCCGGAGUCCCUGUCCAGCCAGUUCUGUUGCAUUAUCCCAACAAGCUGGACACUGUUCGCUGGACGUAUAAAGGAACCAGCUGGCUCGAUGCGCUUUGGCAUACAACCUCCCAAUUCUACACCAGUGUUACAGUUGAGUUUCUACCUGUUUACAAACCAUCCCUGGAGGAAAAGAGCAACCCAAACUUGUAUGCGGAUAAUGUCCAGAAGAUUAUGGCCAAGGCCCUUGGUGUUCCAGCGACUGACUACGUGAUGGAGGGCAGGAUGCCUGUGAGGAAGCUCGGAGGCCUUUCACUUCCACUGGAGUCGCCUGCCAGGGAAACACUGGCUGUGUUGCACAGAUAUGGCCUCGGAGCAGCAGAGGUGGAAGCUGCUUUAGACCGAAUGGUUGAAAGAUGUCUGUUGGGGGUCAUGGAGUCGAAGGCUGACGUGGAGAUGCUCUCUUCGCUUCUGGGACUCAGUGAUCGACAGGCGGCCGUCUCCAUCUGUGGCCUCUAUUCCAAGGAUGAGGUGGUUGACCUCCGACAGAUCUACUUGAAUGUUGCCACCAUUUCUGGAUGUGUGGGCUUCAAAACACUCCUUCACACAGCCUACACUCUGUUUGACAGGGAAGGCAGGGGUGUGCUUGAUCACAGUGAACUACCUCACCUCAUGGGGGCGCUGCUCGGUGUCCCACAGCAUGACACUGCUGAACUUUAUGCUGAGGCUUCCCGUGGAGGUCCGCUGACUGAAGAGCGUCUGCUUCAAGUGCUCACCACCCACCCGACCUAUCAGAGAGUCGUGAACGAGCACCUGCAGCCUGAGGAGAGAGACUGCCACCUCACCUUGAACACACUGACUGACAUGACAACAGUCAACAACAAUGGCGACCUGCAGUACGGCAACACAAGCAUCCAUCACAAGCUUGAAUAACAAGUCCAUUUUUACUGAAAGCUUCUGGUGUUUGUGGAAAGAAGACAUUACUUGACUUUUGAUAAGAAUUUUCUUUUGAUUGUAAUUAAAAUAUGUAUUUUUUAGAAGCAAGUCCCGCUCAGGUUGUCAGUGUCUGUAUGUGUAUUCAAUUCAUAUUUAUGUCCAACCCUCUUCUGUCAUAAUUUUUAAUGUAAAUGUGUGAAGUUAUUGUAAAUCAAAGUUUAUUUUACGUACGCUUUUUCCUUCUUUGUGUACCAGUGGUUUUUAUACUGAAGUUGAUUAAAUG